CCAUUGAUUCACCACCCAAAAAGCCAAAGAGAAAGAGAGAUAGAGAGAGAGAGAGAGAGACAGAGAGAGAGAGAGAAUGGCACUGGAGGCAGUAGUUUUCCAGCAAGACUGGUUUACACACAACAGCAAUCAAGACCUCUACAACUUCCUGGAAAACAAUUGGAGCAAUCACAUCACUGGCCUAGAAAAUGAAGAAGAUGAAGAAGAGAAAGCAAGCUCAUAUGAUUUUCUCGACAACCAAACAGACAAUUGGAAUUCUUCUAUUUCUGACUUUAACAAUUUGCAGCUGAGUAACAACAAUGCAGCCUCAGAUUUCAACACGCCUUCCGGAGAUACAUCCACAGACAUCAUGACUACUGAUACUAUACGUCCUAAGAGACGCAGAUCCAAGAGCAGAAAGAACAAACAAGAGAUCGAGAAUCAAAGAAUGACUCACAUUGCUGUGGAGCGCAAUCGAAGAAAGCAAAUGAAUGAGUAUCUCUCAGUGAUUCGAUCUCUAAUGCCAGAAUCCUAUGCUCAAAGGGGUGAUCAAGCAUCGAUAAUCGGGGGCGCAAUCAAUUAUGUUAAGGAGCUUGAGCAGAGAAUACGCUUAAUUGAUGUCCACAAAGAAAUCAAGGCAGCAAAAUCUGCUGCUACUGCUGCUGAUGAUGAUAGUGCUAAUAAUUCUCAAACUUUCUCUGAAUUCUUCACAUUCCCACAGUACUCAAAAUCUAAUGUUGCAGACAUAGAAGUAACAAUGGUGGAGACUCAUGCCCACGUCAAGAUAAGGUCGAAAAGGCGGCCUAAGCUGCUCUUGAAGUUGGUUUCUGGGUUGCAGACUCUCUGUCUCACUGUUCUUCACCUUAAUGUCACAACAGCCCAACAAAUUGUCCUCUACUCUGUCAGUGUCAAGGUAGAAGAUGAGUGUAAGCUGACUUCAGUGGAUGAGAUUGCAACAGCAGUGUAUGAGUUGCUAGUAAUGUCUCUCCGCACUAGGUCUCGGCUCAAGUGUCAACUGGUCCACGGAGGUUAGGGAUCUUCCAUGUGAUCCAGUGUUUACCAAUUAGUUAUCUAGUAAACAGUUGGAUGGGUUUCACAUUAUCAAAAAAAAAGUAAUGUCUCUCCAAUCAUGUUUCCAGUUAACUUUUUUUUUUUUUUUUAAUUUCUUUGUAAGUCAAUUUUUGUGAUUUGCUUUUGGGCACUUUAUUUUUUUGCUUUCUAACCAAAAUGUAUGUCAUGUGGAGUUGGACUAUAUGUUUAUUGUCAA